GCUGUCGUAGUGUCAUUAUCAUAAUUACCAUCUACAAUGAGAACUGAGCUACUCUCACAAUUUCUAGCCAUGCCAUUGUUUUGGCUGUGCCUCUGUAACAACCUUUUUCUGGUUUCUGGCCUUUGUCUUCAUGAUCAGAGAUCAUUGCUGCUCCAACUCAAGAACAACCUGACUUUCACCAUUGAAACGAGUAGCAAACUCAAGUCAUGGAAUCCAUGUAAUGAUUGUUGCGGUUGGGUAGGUGUAAAGUGUGACAAGGAGGGACAUGUUACUGCUCUUGACCUCAGUGGUGAAUCAAUCACUGGUGGUUUUGGCAAUUCAAGUAGCCUUUUCAGUCUUCGACAUCUCCACAAAUUGAAUUUCGCUUAUAACGAUUUCAAUUCUGUCAUUCCAUCUGCAUUUAAGAGGUUGGGAAAUUUGACUUAUCUGAAUUUAUCAUGUGCGGGCUUUCUGGGUCAGAUUCCAAUAGAGAUUUCUCAAAUGACAAGGUUGGUUACUCUUGAUCUCUCUUCUCUUCUCUGUUCAUCUGGGCAAGAGCUGAACCUGGGGAACCCAAAUCUACGAAAGCUUGUACAAAAUCUCACCAGUAUUAGGCAACUGUAUUUGGAUGGUGUAAGUAUAUCAGCUGCAGGACAUGAAUGGUCCAGCGCUUUGAUGUCACUGCAUUACCUGCAAGAAGUUCGCAUGUCAUUUUGCAAUCUCUCAGGACCCCUGGAUCCUUCCCUUGCAAGACGUGACAAUCUAUCGAUCAUUGUUCUUGAUUGGAACGAUUUAUCAUCCGCAGUGCCAGAAACAUUUGCCAAUUUCAAAAUGCUGACCAUCCUAAGUCUUUCUGCUUGUCAGUUGACUGGAACAUUUCCACAGAAGAUAUUCAACAUCGGAACAUUGUCAGUUCUUGACCUAUCCUUCAACAUCAAUCUCCAAGGUUUGUUCCCAGAAUUUCCACCAGGAUCUCUUCACACCUUAACAGUGGCUAACACAAGCUUCUCUGGAACAGUUCCACACUCUAUUGGUAACAUGAGGAACUUAACUGAAUUAAAUUUUUGUUCAUGUCGAUUUAACGGAACGCUUCCGAAUUCACUGUCAAACCUCACAGAACUCAGUUACCUGGACUUGUCAUUCAACAACUUCACAGGUAGAAUUCCAUCAUUUAAUUUUGAAGGACUGAACAAUCUUGUUACCAUUGAUCUCAGUAAUAACUCAAUUAGUGGGAGCAUUCCUUCAUCCCUUUUUACACUCCCCCAGCUGAAAAGUAUUAUAUUUUCCCAUAAUCACUUUGCUCAACUAGACGAAUUCACAAUUGUUUCUUUUUCGAAAUUAGACAUCCUCCAUUUAAGUAGCAAUAAUCUAUUAGGGUCUUUUCCAACAUCUGUAUACCAACUCAGUAGACUCUCAGUCCUCGAACUUUCUUCAAACAAGUUAAAUGGGACAGUGCAUCUAAAUAAGCUUUCGGAGCUCAGAAAUUUAACUACUCUGGAUCUUUCAUACAACAACUUAUCAGUCGAUGUGAAUGUUGCAAAUGCUGACCCAUCUUACUUUCCCAGUAUUUUCGAUCUAAGGUUGGCAUCAUGCAACUUGAAAACUUUCCCUGCUUUCUUGAGAAAUCACUCAACAAUAUCCUCUCUAGAUCUUUCGGAUAACCAUAUCCAAGGAAUAGUACCCAACUGGAUUUGGAAACUACCGAAUCUUGCAAAACUUAAUAUUUCUCAUAAUUUGUUGACUCAUUUGGAAGGACCUUUUCAGAAUUUUUCUUCCGAGUUGGAAGAGCUUGACCUUCAUCAUAAUAAACUUCAGGGGCCAAUACCAUUUUUUCCUGAAAAAGGAAUCUAUUUGGAUUUUUCAGACAACAGAUUUAACUCUGUUAUUCCACGAGACAUUGGUAAUUACCUGUCUGUAACAUAUUUUUUCUCUCUCUCAAACAAUACUUUGAGUAGCACUAUACCUGAUUCCCUCUGCAAUUCUUCAAAUCUUGGAUUUCUUGAUCUUUCCAAUAACAACAUUUCUGGAAGAAUUCCUUCGUGUUUGAUGAAAAUGAGUAAGACCCUUGAGUUAUUAAAUCUUAGAAAGAAUAGUCUCAUGGGCCCCGUCCCAGAUAAGUUUUCAGCUGUCUGUGCUCUAAGGACUCUGAAUCUGCGUCAAAAUAAAUUAGAUGGAAAGAUUCCGAAAUCUCUUUCUGAUUGCACAUCAUUGGAAGUAUUGGACCUUGGAGAAAAUAAAAUUAUGGAUGUCUUUCCGUGUUUGUUGAGGAAGAUAUCCACACUCCGGGUCUUAGUCUUGAGAGAAAAUAAUUUACAUGGUCACAUUGGAUGUGCAAACACCACUGCCAAAUGGCGCGUACUUCAAAUAGUUGAUCUAGCCUUUAACAAUUUCAGGGGUAAGCUACCUGAAACCUUUUUCACAAGCUGGGAGGCAAUGAUGUCUGAAGAAAACCAAGAUGAAUCGGAGGAAAAAAAAAUCCGCCAUAAGAUCUAUCAAUAUGGCCACCUAUAUUAUGACGAUUCAGUGACAGUUACAAUGAAAGGUCAACAGAUGGAUCUGGUUAAGAUUUUAACUAUUUUUACUACGAUCGACUUCUCAUCCAACCAUUUUGAAGGGGAAAUACCAGAACAGCUAUUUGAGUUUAAGGCACUCUAUGCACUUAACUUGUCAAAUAAUGCUUUUUCGGGAAAAAUUCCACAAUCAAUUAGAAAUCUGAAGGAGGUUGAGUCCUUAGACUUAUCAAAGAACUCACUGGUAGGAAAUAUUCCCACAGAACUUGCAACUUUAUACUUCCUAUCAGUCCUGGACCUCUCCUUUAAUCAUUUGGUGGGAAAGAUCCCAACAGGCACCCAACUUCAGUCAUUUCCAGCUUCUUCCUUUCAAGGAAAUGAUGGGCUCUACGGUCCUCCAUUGACAGAAGAACUAGAUGGUACAGAGCCAGAGCCAGGGGUGUUACAAGAACACCAAAGAACAAUUUCUACCAUUGACUGGAAUUUUAUUAGUGUGGAAGUGGGACUGAUAUUUGGCCAUGGAAUGGUUUUUGGCCCACUCUUGUUUUGGAAGCAAUGGAGAAUAUGGUAUUGGAAAGUUAUUAACAAAAUUCUCUGUUUGAUCUUCCCUCAAUUGUAUUUUGAAUAUGCAACCAAGAGAGGCCAAACCUCUGCAACUCUAAGGUGGCAGCAUUAA